AUGUCCAGCGACCUCCAGUGGCUCCUCCUCCGCAACAACAAUGCAUACAUUGUCAAGAGCCUCCCUGGUGGCCCCAUCCUCUCUCGGGAGCCUGGAAACCUGGUAAAAGUCCACUCGCAGAAGUACUGCUCGUUCGCGAACGAGAAGGCCAUCCUGAUCAAGGACACCGAGGCCGGCAUUGAGCUCAUCACCCGCAAGAAGGGCGCCGCUCCCACCGCCGUCGCCUCCGGGUACGCGAAGACGGUCAUCCGCCCCCGCUCGGGAGGCCGUCGCGCAGCCGGCAUUACCGCGAAGCUCGCCAAGCGCGGCUACCGCCCCGACCUCAGGACAGCCGCCCUCGCGCACGUGUCCGCCAUUAUCGCGUCAAAGAAGGAGAAGAAGGCUGCACCACCGAAGAAGGCUCGGGGGAAGAAGGCCAAGACUGCAUAG